AAGAUGUAUGACCGAAGCCGUAAGUGUCAUCCUUGGCAUGUAUGCACAGCUCUAACGCCAUGUAGCCAAGGUUUGUGCUGGGCAGACCGAGACUGGCGAGGCGGAUGCCAUGUUUCAUUCUUGAGGAUAGUGCCACGCUCUCCAAUGUUGUAAUUGGUCCAAACCAAGCUGAGGGUGUCCACUGCAAGGGAAAGUGCACAAUCAACAACGUCUGGUGGUCGGAUAUCUGUGAGGAUGCCAUCACAUUCAAGCAAAUGAGCGGCACGUCCUGUAUCAACGGAGGAGGUGCAUUCAAGGCGUCUGACAAAAUCAUCCAAUUCAACGGUCGUGGAACGGUCUCCGUGAAGAACUUCUACGCCAACGACUAUGGCAAGGUUGCUCGAAGCUGCGGUUGCUCGAAGCUGCGGCAACUGCAGCGGUAAUGACGGCCCUCGCAAUUUUAUAUUUAUCAAUAUCAUAGCCAUUAAUGGUGGGGUCAUCUGCGGCAUCAACACCAACUAUGGCGACACUUGCACAAUCACAAACUCUUGUCAAGAUAGUGGCAAGGGUUGCGAUAGAUAUACGCUAGUGAGCUGAGCCCCCGAAGAUUGGGUCAGGGUUUGAUGGAACGUACUGCAAGGGCUCUAUCUCUAGCAGCUGUUAGGGGGGUGCUGAAUGGUAGUCACCACUCAACCGUCGAAGUUGUCUAUAUUUUACUAUAUUAUUGCAUUCUAUUUGAACGUUUUGUUGGCACCGUGAAGCUUAAUGGAUAUAAAACAUUUGCCGAUUCCGAGGAGAAAAAGGACAUGUCG